AUGUCUUCCUACACCCGAGCUCACCAGAUCUUCGCUACGUCCCCAAAGAAGACCCUUGAGGCAUUCCUUGACGGCGAUUACUCUGUCAAGGAGUCUCUAGCCGAAACCUCUUGCGAUGAGACCACCACCCCAAAUACCGAAGACAGCGGCUAUGUCUCUCACACUGAUGUGACAACCGAGAAUUAUGUCAAUGGCUCCGAGCCAGAUUCUACUCCACUCCUCGAAACUGGUCUUGGCAGUAAGCUUGAUUUUAACACCUCCCACCAGGUCAUAGACGCAUUUUGGAACACACACAACAAGUGGACGAAGACCUUUGGAAACCCGGAUCUCAAGCUAGACUUCGAUGUCGAGUCAUACAUCAAAGAAGCAACUGACAAACUCUUCUCCGAUUCGUCCAACGAGGACUUUGGUACAAAACUCGAGAUUGCUAAUCAGAAGCUCUCUUGGUUGCUGGCUUAUUGCUGUCAACAGGAGUCAGAUGUGACGACUCACACUCUUGACGACUCUGAGAGUAGCUCCGAAGAUGAGCAAGAGGACUCGGAUGGAGAGCCUGCCCAUGAGAAGGAAGAUGGUAAGGACCAAGGCGAGAGCGUCAUGGUGGAGGAGGACACGGAGGGCACCACACAAAGCCUUGAGGCCGCUACAGACGAGCAGAUCGAGGUAGAGGAAGGCGUCGGAGCAUCCCCAGAUGACACCGACUCAGAUGACUCGGACUCAUCAGAUUCUGGCUCGGACUGGAUGCCGAAGAAGAAGCCUGCCCCCACUCCUGCGACCAAAUCGAAAAAAAGAAGUCGUGAGGUCUACGAGACCCAACAGGAGAAGAACACUCGCUGGCAAGCCUAUAAGAAGCGCAGAAAUGAUCGUUUCUUGGCCGGAGUACCAGUCGCCGAGGCGAACGACAAGAGACUCCGGAAGGAAAAGGAGAUAAACUCCCUGUAUCAUCCAUUUGGCAAAGUCGACGGCCUAUACAUCGGCAUAGCUCCACAGACUGCAGUCGAUCUCGAUUCAGACGAUGAUCUCUGGUGGAGGACUCCAUUCACAUCGAUAAUGGAGAAGCCUUCGAGCAAGAGAUCGCGUGACGAAGACGAAGACGAGCAGCCUCAGCCCGCCAAGAAAGUCCAGAAGACAGCCGUUUAUACUGGACGAAGACUGACAACAGCCCAGAAAUGGUUCCUUGAAAAGGGUAAGAUCAAACCAGGACGUGUCACCGUCGACAGGUUGAGACCUGGAGCCAAGGGUCGUACCUUCGAGCAGAAGAUGCGAGGAGACUGGGGCACUCCCAAGGCCACACUCACCAUGGCGCAAUUAAACACCAUCCGCAAGCACGCCAAGUACACGAUGAAUCAGUACCAUGGCAAGAAAACUUUCCCUCAAACGUCGAUGACUCACAGAGAAGCCCUCAACUUCAACCAAUUCCUCCGGCAUACAACCUCAAAAUAUGCCCUGGAGCGAGGUGAUGUCUGGGAGGAGGACCCGAUCAUCGACGGCCAUUUGAUCAAGUACGAGCUGGGAAAGUUCCGGCAGAUUCGUGAAGGAAAGCAGGCUAGACGCAAUCGACUUGCUGCUGGAGAGGAUCAAGACAGCGAAUCUGAUCUGUCGGACGAUGAUUCGAAGUACGAUGACGAUAAGGCAACUUGCGGAUGGAAUUUGGAAGAGAGAAUGGAACGCUACUUGGCAAAAAAGAGAGCCAAGGAGGCUGGAUUACAGGAGGAAUUUGAUGAGGAGGAGGUCGUUGAGCAGCCAAGCCGCCGCCAAUAUAAGCGCAAGCGUGGGGUCAUGCAGCAAGAGGACGAGGACAGAGAGGAGGUUGCUGAACAGCCACGUCGUCGCCAAUACAAGCGCAAGCGCCUAGACAUGGAAGAGGAAGAUGACGAGGAGGACGAUCGGAAGAAGGUUCGCAAACCUCGCCGCAAGAACAAGGGCAAGGGUAGAGCCGUGCCACGUGCUGAUGAGGAGGAUUAUCGGGAUGACGACCGAAAGCCACGCCGAAAGUACAUUGCCAAGAACAAGGGCAAGGGCAAGGCAGCUACGCAAGUGGACAAGGAAUUUGGAGAGGCUACAGAAGACCAGGAAGAGACCGCGGUUUGGGAGAGAGCUGGGCCAUCGCAGACAAUCCAGCCUCAGGAGGAGAGUGAGGAAAGCGAGGAAGAGUGA